AUGCCCAACGACGCUGAAGACGUCGGCAACGGGAACGCAGACGAGCGUACGGGCUUGCUGAAUGGAAACAGUCGCUACGGCAGCCAGCGCUGGUCUCGUCGCGAUGAGAGACUCUGGGUGAGGGCGCCCUUCGAGGUCUGCCACUUGACCUAUGCCACGCUGGCGAGCAACUAUAUCAACGUCCUCCUCGUCUUCGUGCCUCUCGGCCUCCUCUCCGGCUUCCUGCACUGGUCGCCCACGGCCACCUUCGUGCUCAACUUCAUCGCCAUCAUGCCAUUGGCGUCCCUGCUGAGCUUUGCGACGGAGGAGCUGGCCGCGACCCUGGGAGAGACGCUCGGAGGACUGCUCAAUGCGACCUUUGGAAACGCCGUCGAGCUUAUCGUCAGCAUCGUUGCUCUGUCCAAGAAUGAGAUCCGCAUCGUGCAGUCCAGCAUGUUGGGCAGUGUCCUGUCCAACAUCCUCCUCGUUCUCGGCUGUUGCUUCUUCUUCGGUGGUCUGAACUACCACGAGCAGCUGUUCAACAGCACGGCGGCUUCCACCAUGUCCUCCAUGAUGACUGUAGCUUCUGCCUCGCUCAUCAUCCCAUCCACGCUCUAUGCCUCCCUCUCCUCCUCCAAGGCAGACUCCAGAGAGAACAUCCUCUUCCUCUCCCACGGAACCGCCAUUAUUCUACUCAUCGUGUACAUCAUGUACCUUUACUUUCAACUAAGCUCCCACUCGGACCUCUUUGAAGGCGCCAGCGAAGAGAGCGGAGAGCUGGGUGAAUCAGGUGAAGAGGAAGAACGCACCCUCAACCCGUAUGCGGCCUCUGUUCUCCUGCUCAUCAUCACCCUGCUCGUCGCCGGAUGUGCCGAGUAUCUCGUUGGAAGCAUCGACAGCAUCGUCGAAGCAACUAGCAUCAGCAGGACCUUUAUUGGUCUUAUAUUAAUCCCCAUCGUCGGAAACGCUGCAGAACACGUCACCGCCGUCGUAGUCGCAUGCAAGAAUAAGAUGGACCUCGCCAUCGGCGUCGCUAUUGGAAGCAGUCUGCAGAUCGCCCUUUUUGUCACACCUUUCCUGGUCAUCCUCGGCUGGAUCAUGGAUAAGGAUAUGACCCUGCACUUCCAGACCUUUGAGACCGUCGCUUUCUUCCUUUCCGGGCUGGUCGUCACCAUCUUGAUCCAGGACGGUAAAUCAAACUACCUCGAGGGCGGUCUUUGCCUUGGAAUGUAUAUAAUCAUUGCUCUCGGAUUCUAUGUCUACCCCGAUGACGCAAAGGGUAUCGGAGCCGUUGCUGCCCAGCUCGCCAGCCGCUUCUCCCUUUAG